GGUCUCCCAAGUGCACGAAUCUCAGCAAGACGGACAUCAAGUUGAAAUUAGUGUAAUGUGAACAGUGUUCAACACAAAAGUAUUAUCUCGGCGACAGUAUGUUAUCUAAUCGAUCUCGUGGCUUUCUGUGAAUGGUUGCCGAGCUUUGAGCUUUUGUUUGCUGUGCGCUCAGGGCUGGCGGACACGUCGACGCAUGGGUGCAGAUUAAGGUACAACGUAAAUUCAACUAAGUAACUUUAUCAAAAUGCAAUGGAAGGUAAAUUUAUUUCUCACUUGCACAAUUCUUGUGUCAAUUCACUGUCAAGAAGUUCUUAUUGAGGAUCAUUACAAUACGACAAUUAAAUCAACUAGCACUUCAAAUACUACUUAUGGGAGAGCAACGACAGUGACAGAUAAUAUUCUGAGGGACGAUACUGGCGAGAAUGGAAAUGACAGUGCGAGUAAUCCUAAUCCAGAUAACGAGACUAAUGAAAAUGGAAGUCCCGAGAGCGAAAAUAUCGAAUCAGAACCAGCCCCAGACGGUAAUAUAUCUUCCAAUGAAGAAACAGAUACAUCUAAAGAAUCGGCUGUAAUUAAAUCUUCAGAAGAAGGAUAUGUGCCCGUUGAAUCCAAUGAGUCCGUAAGCGUUGAAGAUCUUGUUACAGAGAACAGUAUCAUCGAUACAACGCACGGCCCAGUGCAAGGACAUCUGUGGAAUGAAACCCCUGAUAUAAUCAGUUUCUAUGACAUACCUUAUGGGCGUUAUUCUUCUAUCUUCCAACCGCCAGAACUGCCUGAAAAGUGGGUAGACAUUCAUGACGUGGCCGCCCAUACCAAGCAGUGCCCUCAACUCUAUAUUAAUGAGGAGACUCGAGCUAUUGAGGCAUCAGAAGAUAUUGACUGCUUAACUUUGAGCAUUUUCGUUCCUAGAGGAGCGCAAAAUGUCAGCGUUCUAUUUCAUAUUCACGAUGGAAGUUUUACAACAGGCAGUGGAGAUCCGUCUAUAUAUGGCCCAGACCAUUUAUUAGCUAAGGGCAUUAUUUUGGUCCUGCCGAAUUACAGACUUGGUCCCCUAGGGUUUCUGUGUUUACAAAACGAAACAGCUCCAGGCAAUGCAGCUUUGAAAGAUUUGACUUUAGCUUUGAAUUGGACAAAGGAAAAUAUAGAUGCAUUCGGAGGAAACCCGAAUAAUAUAGUUGUCAGUGGAGAUGGUACAUCUGGUGCCUUAGCGGGAUAUCUAGCGCUAUCUCCAGCUUCAAGAGACAAUGUGGAUAAAGUUAUAACAGACAGCGGGUCCGUUAUUUCACACUGGGCCAUUGAUCGCGAUCCAAUUGCAACUGCAACUAUACUUGCCGAGAAUAUAAGGAGUUCAAAUAAAGAAGUAACUUUUGAUGACGAUUUGUUUUCGGAUAUAAAUUUAAAAAUAUUACUCAUAGGCGCACACGGGCUUCAAUUAAGCCCAUGUAUAGAAGAAGAAGACGCAACUGAUUCGUUUAUAUCAAAAACGCCGUGGUAUAUACUAAACAACGAAAAAAUAACUAAGUCAUUUAUGAUGGGUUCAGCAAGUUUCGCAGGGCUGCACGAAGCAUUAAGUCAUAACGAUGAUAGUAUAUCGGAGCUCAAUGAAGAUUUUGGUAAUUUCAUACCUAACGAUUUGGUGUUUAAGGAUGACGAAGAAAAAAAGCUUGAAGUGACGAAGGUAAUUAAGACACAGUACUUCGGAGAGAGUGUGAUAGCAGCUAAUUCAGAAGAGCUGGCACUGUCUUAUACUGAUGCUUGGUAUUUGAGUCCUGUUAUAAGAGCAGCGAGAGUGUUGGUGGAAGCUGGGGCCACUGUGUAUUUCUAUGAGUUCGCAUUCGUGGGAGAUCUCAACAGAGAGCGUGCGGCCCUGGGGAGUGAAGUGAACGGGUCCGCUCGAGGUGACAUCGUGGGUUACUUAUUCACGCAGGGAGGUCAACCGCCGGACCAGGGCUCCAGGGAGGAAGCAAUGAUCGAACUGAUGACAGAUUUAUGGAUCAGCUUUAUAAAUGACGGAACCCCGUCAUCAAACGAUGUCAAGUGGAACCAGUGGGAAUCGACUUCAGAGAAAGAAGAGGAAUGGCUCUGGAUUGGCUCCGAGGUGGAACCUCGGAAGGGUUGCCAUGUAGACCGCCUCCAGCUUUGGACAGAUGUGUACAAGGCCCACUUCGUCGAGAGGAACCUCUGCUAUGGCCUUGCGUGGAAUCCCGCCUUAAUAGUGGCCGCUAUUUCUGUGGUCGGACUGUUCCCGAAAACCAUGCAGUCGCAAAUGCGUCGUCCGACGAUGCUCUUGGUAGUUUUACUCAACCUGUUGUGUGUGAGCGGGCGUGGGGUUCCGGCGAAGGUUUACAAAGACGUGGUGACCACUCAAGGCGUGGUGAGGGGGUACCUCAUCCCCGAGCCGGCCCACUUCGCCUUCCUGGGAAUCCAGUAUGGCCGCCCGACGAGGCACGACAGGUUUAAGGCCCCCAAGCCCCCCAAGCAGUGGGACGGCACGUACGAGGCCCGGCACCGGGUGAAAUGCCCGCAGCCGGGCGGCGAGGGUGACGAGAGCUGUCUGCUGGUGAACGUGUUCGCGCCCGAGAUCGCCGACCAGCUGCCCGUCUUGGUGCUGGUGCACGACGGCGCUUUUCAAUAUGGGUGGGGCAAAUUUCAGCCUCCUGUGCGGCUCCUGCGAGAGUUCAUAGUGGUGACCUUCAACUACCGCGUCGGCGCCCUAGGGUUCCUCUGUCUGGGAACCCCCGACAUCCCCGGCAACGCGGGCCUCAAAGAUCAAAUAGCGGCCCUUUACUGGAUCCAAAGAAACAUCGCCAAUUUCGGCGGAAGGCCCUAUGACGUGACCGUCUACGGAGUCGGCGCUGGUGCAGCCGCUGUCGAACUCAUUCUCCUCUCAAAUCUGUCACAAGGACUCUUACACAAAGUCAUUUUAGAAUCUGGCUCAUCUUUAUCACCACUUUCAACUGUUUAUGACCCUGUAUCUUUAGCUAUAGACGCAGCAGCAGCUUUGGGAUAUGACGGCGGUGAGGACACCAAUGAGCUCGCUAUGUUUUUCGAAGACCUUUCAACCACCCAAAUCACGAAAGUUGACAAAAUGUUUCUGCCAUGCGUUGAUAAUGAUAACCCAGAAGGAAUGUUCAAUAUGGACCCGAUAGAUAUUUUGAAAUCAGGAAAUUACCAUCGAGUGCCAAUGAUUGUUGUUUAUACAGAUAAACUUGUAGUGACUGAAGAGGAACUGGAAGGAUUCAGCUAUAUGCCCGAGAGUUUCGAGCAUUUACUGCCGAACAAUCUAGAUUUGCAGACAGAAGAUGUACAAGAGAAAGUUGCAGAUUUUGUUCGGAACAUCUACUUUGAAGAAGAUGAGGAACAUGAAUUAAUAAAUAAUUACAUUGAUUAUUUUAGGGAUGUUACCAUUGAAUACCCGGUCAUCAGGUCCGCUGUGUACCACGCAUCAGGCAGUUCUACUCCGGUUUUUCUCAUGAAGUUUACAUAUAACAGUCACAUUGAAAAUGAAAAAUCUAAUGCUAUGGACCAUUCUCUACUUAAUUAUUUCUAUGCAGAUGACUUAAGUGAUAAUGACGAACUUGUAGCACAAAGACUGGUCACUCUCUGGUCAAAUUUCAUUAAAAUUGGGGACCCCACUCCUUUAACUAUGACUCUGAUCCCUGUGGUAUGGCCACCGAUACAGACGGAUAAACAGCUCCACCAAGCAGAUAUCACUAAAGCAACAGGACUCGAGUUUGGCAACAAAAUGAUCAUACAGGACACUCUGUCAAGUCAACAAGUAGUAUUUUGGGAUAAUAUUUAUAAGAAGUUUUAUAAGAAGCAUUAGUGAAAAUUCUCUCAUGCUUUUCUUUAAUUUAUUUUAUUAUAAAUUUCUUCUAUCCCCUUCUAGAAGUCCUUAGUACCUUUACAGUCUUCAAGCCAUCCUCAAAUAGUAUGUGUUAUUGCUAAUACUGGUAUAAAAUAGUUUUAGUUAUGAAGGUAAAUAUUUUUUUUUGUCCAGUAAACACGAGAGAUAGUGACUCAUUUGGACACUUGUGCCUUUGAUCUUGUUUUAUCAUCGGAGAUUGGGACAGGUCAGAACUUAGCAAUGACCCAGGUGAAUUUAAAAAGUUUGUGAUUAUUGCGUAACCAUAAUUACUGCAUUUAUAGCAGUGCUGAUAUACUUAUUUUUAAAUUUAAUUAGGCAAUUACCAAUGAGUGUCGGCUGAAUUUAAUGAGUCAUGCUUUCAAAAAUAGCUUCAAUAAUUAAAGAUAGUAAUAGUAUGAUAAGGCCAAAAGUUAGUCUCUAGUUUCUGUUACAACAACAAUGUUUUUAACAACAAAGAUAACCAUUGACUACAACGAAUAUUUGAGAUAGCUAUAUUUCAAUGUACAUUGACGAUAGCAGAAAUAAUUAUGGUGAAACAUAUUUUCCGACGAUUGUUUCAAUCUAGGUUAACAAGUCAUUGGAUGUUAAUUGUUAUCAUACAAUUUGAGUUGCAAUUAGACACGACAGGAGACUGCGCUAAAAGCAGAAACGCACCUAAGUCAGUUUCGAUCAAACCAACACGGAUCUUAUUGGAAUUGAAACAAAUUGGCAUAACUUGAACAAACAAACGGUAAGUUAUAGCGAGACGAUCUUCAUUUAGAGGUAAAGUAACAAUUAGGUUUAUGGAAUUUGCAAUGCGGAGACACCUAAAAUCAUCGACGUUGUCAAAAAUAAAUAAUACCGUUACCUGAACAGUAGGCGCUUCCAACGGCGAGAAGACGAGUCCUCCGCUCUUCAGACACUCACAGCACUACAACAUAGUCGUUACUAGUCAGACGGUAAUAUUUUACACUUGUUUUUGCAUUAAUUUACAAGAAAAUCAACAAGUAAAUCAGAAAAGACAAAACAUGGACCACCGUCACAUUUCACUUCACUUGACAGAUGUGAUGUGACAUUUGUUUAGACGAGGAGAACGAACGAUGGGUGAACAACUUCAAUCAUUCAUUUUUGACACUGAUUAUACAAAAUUUUUCUGUAGGGUUUUAUAAGGUUUUUAACUUUGGAUUAUAAUUUGCUUUAAUUAAUGUUAAUAACACAUAAUACCUAUUUAUUUUAACUAAUUAAUUAAUUGAAGUAAAAAAUAAUAGAAAUAAUAUAAAAGUUAUUAGCGCCACCUCUUGUAAAUUAUAAAAUUAGAUAAAAUAUUAUUAUUAUACGUUGGUUUGGUUACUCGCCACUAGAUGUAGUUAUUACCAAUUUCGUGACUCGGCCUAUUGCUCAGUCGUGCCGGAGCACGACUGACUUGUUUGACGUCCAUCGAUAGACAACAUAGAAAUUGUAUGGAUUUUCGACGUACUUAUAUUAACGCACGUAAUUGUCAACACGUAUGGAAGACGCGGAGCAGCACGACGCAACGUAGCAAGGGGGCCUGGCUUUAUUGGCGAACUCAGGCGAACGCUGUCGCGAAUCAAUGUACAUUGCGUAAUUUUUGUAACAGAUUUGUUUCAACGCAAACAAAAUCAGUAGUGUAUACGAACUCUAUCAGCAAUGGUAUAGGAAGCGGUGGUGGAUAUUUUAAUUCGCCCUAAUGCCGGCUAUCCACUAUCGGCUAACAGUACGUCAAACUUGGGUUUCCAUUGCGGUAAAUAACUAUCAUACAAACUACGUAUUGUUCAUUCUUUUGCGUCGGCAUCUGGUUAGGUAAGUUUGGCGAUAUGUGUAGCCGGCGUAAGGAAUGAACAGGAGAGAACACUCCGGUCCUCAAUUCAAAAGGAGUUAAAUCAUGAUGUAAGUAAAAAGGCAGUUUAAUAUCAUAACAGGAAUGUAUUGAAUAAAUUGAGAAAAUAUUUACAAUUUAUGAAUCCUCGUAUCUACAGUUAUAAAAGUAAUUUUCACAGUCACAUAAUUUUCAUUUAAGUCAUGUGCUGGAAAAAAUCAAAAUUGUAUUUAAAACCAAUUUAUCCUCAUCAUUAUAAUAGGUAGUACAUUCUUACUAGGCACUCACAAUCUGCAAAUUAAAAGGAUUGCAAAAAUAUCUAUUUUACAUUUAUUUUCUAAAUUAAGUAAUUUUUUUUACAAAUAUAUGUAUAGGUAUGUAUACUUUCUUUUUUAAAUAAAAUUGUUCACAAUUUUUUUUCUAUUGUAUUUUUUUAUUAAUUUAAUUGUCAUAAAAGGAGGACUAUUUGAGCUAGCAAAUACUUAAACUUGCAUUGUAUAUAUUACUUUAAACCUAGUUUAAAAAAUUACAAAUUGUUAGCUUUUUUGAGCAAUUUGAACAUUCAUUAUUCGUGUAUAAGCACCUUGACUCGAUAUCACAUUUAACAGAUAUGAUUAAAAUUACUUGCAUACUUGUUUACUUGUUUAUAAAUCGACAAAACUCAUCAUAACAAAAACAAUUUGAUACCUAUUUUGUCCUACAUAACUGUAUAUUUUUUUACAACAAAGGACUAAUUUUUCUUUAUCCGGACCAUUAAAAAAAAACAGAGUAUUAU